CACUUUUGCGCCCCUUACGGCCAGAAAUUUUUGGUUGAGGGUUUUGAGUUUCAUGAGGAUAUGGCAUUUGCUCGUGCAGCCGGCGUUUUGUCUAAAUUUGCAGUUAGCAAAUACCCUUUACUGUCAGGUCAUGCCAGCCGCAGCCUCUCUGUGUCUUCAUCAUUGGCAGCUCGAACACACGUCAGCUACGAGCUCAAGGAUGAUGUGGCAGUUAUACGACUCAAUGAUCCAACAUCCAAGGUGAACACACUGUCAGUGCAGAUGCAGUCUGAGCUGUCAGAGGUGAUGGGGGAGAUCUGGUCCAACGGAGCUGUGAAAAGUGCCGUCCUGAUCUCCAGCAAACCUGGCUGCUUUAUUGCAGGAGCAGAUAUCAAUAUGAUCCAAGCCUGUAAGACCAGUGAGGAGGUCACCCAUCUCUCUCAGGAAGGCCAGAAGAUGUUUGAGAAGAUUGAGAAAUCUCCCAUCCCUGUUGUCGCAGCUAUCAAUGGUUCUUGUCUGGGUGGAGGCCUUGAGUUUGCAAUAGCUUGCCAAUAUCGAGUUGCUACAAAAAGCAAAAAAACGAUACUGGGUACGCCAGAGGUCAUGUUGGGGCUGCUGCCUGGAGCAGGGGGCACACAGAGACUUCCCAAAAUGGUGGGUCUCCCUGGAGCGUUUGACAUGAUGUUGACAGGCAGGAACAUCAGGGCUGACAAAGCCAAGAAGAUGGGUCUUGUGCACCAGCUUGUGGAUCCUCUGGGUCCUGGUUUAAAACCUGCAGAAGAGCGGACCAUUGAAUAUCUGGAGGAAGUGGCUGUAGGAUUGGCCAAAGGGAUUGCUAACAAGAAGGUUGCCCUUACAAAGGAGAAGGGCCUCAUGCAGAAGCUGCAGGACACCGUGAUGGGCCUUGGUCCAGUGAAGCAGAAGAUCUACAAAACUGUCAGUGAGAAGGUCCAGAAACAGACUAAAGGACUCUAUCCUGCUCCUGUCAAAAUCAUUGAAUGUAUCAAGACUGGAGUGGAGCAGGGCAGAGAGGCAGGUUAUCUGGCCGAGGCUGAGAACUUCGGGAAGCUGGCAGUGACCCCUGAGUCCAAGGCGCUGAUUGGCCUUUACCAGGGUCAGGUGAUUUGUAAGAAGAAUCGUUUUGGGACCCCAGAGAAGGAAGUAAAGAAGCUGGCAAUCCUGGGUGCAGGGCUAAUGGGUGCUGGUAUCGCACAAGUAUCCAUAGAUAAAGGCCUGAACACCAUCCUGAAGGACACCGCCGUAGAAGGCAUCAGCAGGGGAGAAGAUCAAGUCUACAAAGGUCUCAACACUAAGGUGAAGAAGAAGGCCUUGACGUCAUUUGAACGCGACGCCAUUCUGUCGAACCUCUCUGCCCAGAUUGACUACACUGGUUUUGAUUCUGCUGACAUGGUGAUCGAGGCUGUUUUUGAAGACAUCAACAUUAAACACAAAGUCCUGAAGGAGAUUGAAGCGGUGAUCCCUCCUCACUGCAUUUUUGCCUCCAACACCUCUGCGCUGCCAAUUAAAGACAUUGCUGCUGCCAGUAAACGCCCUGAAAAGGUGAUCGGCAUGCACUACUUCUCUCCGGUGGACAAGAUGCAGCUGCUAGAGAUCAUCACCACAGAUAAGACGUCUAAAGACACCUUAGCCUCUGCUGUCAGUGUGGGCCUCAAACAGGGAAAGAUAAUCAUUGUUGUUGGAGAUGGUCCAGGGUUUUACACCACUCGCUGCCUGGCUCCCAUGCUGGCCGAGGCUGUAAGAGUGCUCCAGGAAGGUACAGGACCAAAGAAGCUGGACACCUUGACAACCAGCUUUGGUUUUCCUGUUGGUGCUGCAACACUUGCAGAUGAAGUUGGAAUUGAUGUAGCAGCACAUGUAGCAGAGGAUCUAGGCAAAGCAUUUGGUUCACGUUUUGGAGGAGGAAAUGUGGAGGUUCUUAAGACCAUGGUGGAGAAUGGUUUCAAAGGUCGUAAAUCUGGAAAAGGCUGUUUCAUCUAUGGAAAGGGCAAAAAAGAGAAGAGUGUGAAUUCUGAUGCUGAAGAAAUCCUCCAGAAGUAUAAACUAUCUGCUCCACCUUCAGUCUCCUCAGACUCUGACAUCCAGCACAGGCUGGUGUCUCGCUUCGUCAAUGAGGCAGUUUUGUGUCUCCAGGAGGGAAUAUUGACAAACCCAGUAGAGGGAGACAUUGGAGCAGUGUUCGGACUCGGUUUUCCUCCCUGCUUGGGCGGUCCCUUCAGGUUCGUCGACUCAUUUGGUGCAGAAAAACUCGUGAGCAUGAUGAGGCGCUUCGAGGAUGUUUACGGAAACCAGUUCACACCCUGCCAGCUGCUACUGGACCAUGCCAAAGACCCCAGCAAAAAGUUCCACAAGUAACCCAACAUGCCAUUCACAUUCUAACUCUUAACCUGGCAGAGAAACAGCGCCUACUGCUGGGCAAAGCUGUGGAGAUGCAGUAAGUUGUACCAGAAAUUAUUAUAAAGCAUUUUGCUACAGAAAAAUGUAAUUUAGUGGCCGCAAGGUUAAGGACUACGUAAUGUAAAACCCAGUUCAGACCAAACACUUGCAAUAAGACAAAACUGUUCUAAGGCAUUGCAGGGAGAUGUUGCCAUGGUGUUGACUGACCUGUUUCAGUUCGCCUCGAACUGGCUGACGGCGUUGCCUGCGACUCAGCUUGUCAAAUCACCAGUGGCUGGAUUCAGAACAUAGUGUGUAUGGUACAAUGUGUGUUUUGUCAGUAUUUAUGGACAACAGCUUGCCUCUUACCACAAAGUGCAGAAUUAUCAGCCACUCCCCUGGUGAAAUGUUCUCUCAAUAGAUCAUAUUUUCUCUGAUAAUAAGGUUACGCUAUGUCCUCUAAACAUGGAACUAGUCUGACAAAACACUCCUGCUUUAAGUUUUUCACCAUUUCAUAUAUUUCAGAAAUCCAGCUGUAACUGUCCUCAUUCAUAUUUUAUGACACUACAAAUUAUAUCCAGCUGUAAAAACUUGCAUUGGUGUAAACUUGUGGGUUUUCAGAAUGUUGCAGACCAGCACUUUGGAAGUAGUUGCAAGUUUUCAGCUCGUCUUAUUGCGAAUCUUUGAUCUGAACUUGGCUUAAUAGUAAUGUCUCUAAACGGAUUUUUCAGGGAAGUGAAAGGACUUACUGAAGGAAUGCACUCUGGUUUUUUUUUCCUAUUUAAUUGUUCGUACCUCAGUCGGAUGGUUGUCAGUGAGUGUAUUUAUUUUCAUGAAUACAACAUAAUAUUCCAAACCCUUCCACUAAUCACCACUUUCGGUACCUUCUUACAGAAUAAUAUUUGUAUUGUAUCACCAAAUGAUACAAAAAGAAUUACUGGAAAAGUGGAAAGAAUAAUCCUUGACAAUAUUCAUAUUCCAUCUUUAAAAAACACAAUACGCUUGCCUCUGUGUUCCUAUGUUAAUCUGAUGUAAUACUGUUGUCAUUUGUUUCAUAACUUGUUAAUUCAUUCAGUUUGUUAGUUUAAAACUCUGCACAAUGUAUAUUUUUUAUUUUGUUUAUACAUUAGGGAUGAGGAACACUUUUGCAGUAGAAAAGUCUGAGCUGUACUUGAAGAUUACUGUACGUGGAAGAAAUGUAAAGUACUUUUAAUUUAUUGCAGUGAUAGUACUACUUGUGCCUAAAUGACCCGUUGGUCUGUUCACAUCUUUAAUAACUGAAUGAAUUGCCUUCAUAUAAACGCCAUAACUUUGCUGUACUGUAUCCAGCCUUAUCUGCAAUAAACAACCACUUGUCUACAC